UUCUUCUUUUUCUUCGUCGUCGUCGUCGGCUCCCAGUGUGGGUGGGUGCCUUUAGGGGUAAAUUGGAGGGGAGCUGUGCCGUUCAUUGUCAUCUCGAAGCCAGGUCCAGAGCCUGUCACAUUUCGCGCUCUUCUGUAUCUGAAGCUUUUGCUCCGGCACCUGCAUCUGGUUGCUGCGAGCGCUUUCGGUGCCUUGUGCUGGCCGUCCUUCGGUGGUGGAAGAGUGUAACGAGAAUCUCGCCUGAUUGCACCAUUUCUUACUGCGGAGUCUCGCGGAGUGCGCGGAGUGCGCGGAGCUGUAGGGUUCAGUCUCCUCGAGGGUGUGAAGAGUGUCCGUCACUGGUUGGAUUUCAGAGGAAAUUAUUAGCGAUGGCGAGGUUUUGUCGUCAUUUGUGACGUGGGGCAAGUGACAGUGGCAUGUGUGAUUGGGUUGGUGAGAGUAUUCGGUGAGGGAGUUGAGAAGAGCAGAGUAAAGUUUUGGGGUUUUUUUUUUUGGUUUUUCUUGGCUGGCUGGAGAAGAGCUGUUGCUGAUGGAACUGGGUGGUGUGGUUGAAGCCGUAAUGUUGCUGGUUGACGGAAAUUCUUGAAAGUAGAAGGUAGCUCGUACUGUUUUUGAGUCCUGGGAAGCCGAGGAAGGCAGAAGCGCUGUGAAGGUUUUGCCAUGGAGGAAGCUAGGGUUUCGAAAUCCCGAAGGUUUAAUGUCGAGCUCUGAUGCAAUUGUAUGAUAAUCAGGGGGUGAAUUAAUAUGAAAGGGUUGAGGAAGGCAAGCCGAGUUUUGUGUGGAUUACAAGUGGUGAAGCUUGCUCUAGAAGCGAUUAUCCUGGAGACCGCAUGAGAUUUUCAGUUUUCAUCUAAGCAAGUUGUUUCUGGGUUCUGGGUCUUCUCGAAGGAGGAGCCUAACUCAGCGUAUCAGGAAUAUUGAAAAUUGGGGCGUAGUCAGGAUGCUUGGGAGAUUGCUACCAUGGUCGAUUGCGCUUGAGCUGUGAUUGCACUCAGACCAGUAUUUUAAUGUCACUUGGUGAAAGUUUACUUGGGCUACCAAGCCCUCGAUGGUACUUCAUGAUGCACACAGUUAAAAUUCAUGCCAAGGAACCCAAAAGUUGGGUGUAAAUGGUGGUGGUCGUGGAUAGGCAGCUUAUCUUCCAGCCCCGGCUGUUGGGAGAAUCGAACUAUAGGCCCUUUGGCGCGCCCUGCAAGGUUGCGGUCUAGAACUAGUGGUGGUCGAAUUAAGACACAGAAGGACUACUCUCCCUAUCUCUGUCGAUUUGUUUUGUUUGAAUUGCGCGGGAAAUUCGCUCGGCCUGCUUAUUUUACUGUGCUCAAAAUCUUGGAGUGCGGGCUUUGGGAGAUAGCGCAUUAUUGAUUCAUCAGGACGCUUAACUCACAUGGAGUUUAACUACCUUCAGAGAGUGAAGGUUUACAGACUGAAUGAUGAAGGUAAAUGGGACGACAAGGGCACAGGUCAUGUGUCCAUUGAAUACCUCGAGCGUUCUGAUGCAGUGGGCUUAGUGGUUAUCGAUGAAGAGGACAAUCAAACCCUUUUGGUCCAUCGAAUAUCAGCCGAUGACAUUUACAGACGUCAAGAAGAUACAAUCAUAUCAUGGACGGAUCCAGAAGUGGCAACAGAUCUAGCCCUCAGUUUCCAAGAAACUAUGGGUUGUACUUUCAUAUGGGACCAAAUAUGCAGCGUGCAAAGAUCGAUACACUUUCCCUCAGUGGCUGGAUUGGAUAGCUCUGGUCGGCCCGGUGCUGAUGAUAUAGAUCACUCUGGAACUUUUCAAGACGAUGGUGGAGGCACUGACGCAUCUGAGCUCCCGUCGGUUGAACUUUCUACUCUCCCUCAGAUUGCUAAGGUUGUUGGAGAAGUUUUACCUUUUGAUAAAGACAGAGUGGCUUCCAUGGUUGUGCAUGAUAAAAAUUACAUCCGCAAGCUAGUGGAGAUAUUUCGUACUUGUGAAGAUCUGGAGAAUGUAGAAGGUCUACAUUUGAUGUUCAAAAUUGUGAAGGGAAUCAUUUCACUCAAUGAUGGACAUAUUUUUGAUAUCAUCUUCAGUGAUGAUUACAUUAUGGACAUCGUUGGAGCCUUGGAAUAUGAUCCAGAUCUGAUAUCACGUCAAAAUCAUCGGGCGUACCUUAAAGAGCAAGUCGUCUUCAAAGAGGCGGUUCCUAUUUAUGACCCAACAAUAUUAUCAAAGAUUCAUCAAACUUAUCGUAUUGGUUAUAUUAAGGAUGUCAUUUUACCUCGGGUGCUGGAUGAUCAGACGUUUGCGACGAUGAAUUCAAUCAUGCUUUUCAACAAUGUAUCAGUGGUGUCAGCUCUCCAAAGUGACUCAGCUUUUUUGUCGGGGCUUUUUUCGAGAUUACGAUCACCUGAAAUACCAGAAAAGAGCAGACGAGAUCUGGUGUUUUUCGUUCAAGAGUUCUGUAACUUGAGUAAACAGCUUCAACCAGGAGUUCGUAGUCAGCUCUUCAGUGCGCUUGCAAAGGAGGGCUUGUUUGACAUACUGAAAGACGUUCUUAAGGACGUUGAAGAAAGUGUUCGAUUGAGCGGUUGCGAUAUACUGAUCGUGAUUUUAAACAAUGAUCCGGCACUGCUGCGCAACUUUUUAGUGCAACAAACAAAUCACACCUUAUUCAGUGAGCUGGUUUCGGGUAUGCUGACUCCAAGUGAAGGUGGACUUCAAGCACAACUUUUGGAAAUCAUGCGGAUGCUCUUGGACUCAGAAACUAUGGACGGACCGCAAGUUGAGAAAAGCCCUUUUUUGGAGGUUUUCUAUGAGAAGUAUAUGGAUCAGAUGGUUGAGGUCCUUACUAGUGGCUGCCCACCUGAAGUGGGGGUUGGAGAGUCUUCUAAGGACCUUGUUAAUGACACUCAGAAUCAAGUCGAACGACCUGUUUCGCCUGAAAUUCUUGGGAACAUUUGCGAUCUUCUGUGCUUCUGUGUCCAACACCAUCGUUUCCGCAUUAAGUAUUACGUGAUGAGGAAACAUGUUGUGGAAAAAAUUUUGCGGUUGACACGCAGAAAGGAGAAGUAUUUAGUUGUGGCAGCAGUGCGUUUUAUAAGAACGUGCAUUUCUUUGAAGGAAGAGUUUUACUACCGAUACAUUGUAAAGAACAAUUGUUUUGAGCCCAUCAUUUCGGCUUUUGUAGCAAAUGGGAACCGUUAUAAUCUUCUGAACUCAGCUGUUUUAGAGCUAAUUGAGUGCAUCCGAAAGGACGGCAUCAAAAGUCUGAUUGUACAUUUGAUUGAAACAUACUCGUCAAAAUUGGAGACCAUUGACUAUGUGAAUACGUUUCAAGCUUUGAAGUUGAAGUACGACCAGAUGAUGGAGUCUCCUUCUGGAUUCCCAGGAGGUAAUAUAAGUAACAGUGGACUCCAUCCUGGUUCUCGCAGCAACCUUGAAGGGGUUGGUCAAGUUUGCUUAGCUGAAAGUCGUAAACGAAAAGAUGAUCGUGCUUUAGAUAAAGAUGAGGAGGAUUAUUUUAACGAAGACAGUGAUGACGAGGAGGAUGCAUCAACAGCUAAAUCAAGGGCAUCUUCAGGUCCAAAAGCAAUGAAUGCUGGAUUACUCAACAAAAACUUUGUUCCGGGCCAAAAAUCUUCCAGUGAUGAGGAGGAUAUAGCAUCUGCAAGGCUGAGAGUUUCUGCAGGUCGGCAACCAACUAAGGCAGUAAUAUUAGUCAGCAAAUAUCACGUAUCUUACAGGGGUAACAUGUUCGGCUUAGUAGAUUAUGAGGAUGAAGAAGAUGACAUGCCCAUGCUUACGUCAGUCCCACUCACAGAUCCUGCUUUGCCAAAUUCAGAAGAUACAACAGUUGCGAAACGAAAGUCACCUCCUCCAGAAGAUUUGGACCAGUAUGAUACAGUUGUCUCAAAGAGGCAAAAACCUGAACAGGCACAGGUUGGUAAAGACGCCAAUGGCCAGAACGAUGUGACUUGCAUUGACAACUCACAUGAAAUAGCACCCUCCGAACUAGGUUCUGGGGUUCAAGGGCCAGCGGAACUGAUAAGGAAGUGUUCUCAAGUAUCCUCUUCCCCUGGGAGUCCCGCAUCACGAUCUGACAAUGUUAAAAUUUUCCCCGUCGAAGAGCCAAGGGUUGCACAACUGUCAGGAAAUGGUAUUAUGAUAGACGAGAAGACUUCUGAUGCAAACUUGCAUUCAGUCGUAAAAUCGAACCACGUUGGUGGUGGAGUGUCUGGGAGCAACAAUGAUACAAAGAAAGGUGUAAAUGAUUUCUGUUCGAAUGGCCAAAUUAAAACUCUCCCACUAAGCGCGGACUGCUCACCCUUGGUGGGAAAUGAUACAAAAAACACAGCGAACGGGGGGACAAACUCUGUGACUGAUCAAAUCAGCGAACAUGAAGGUGAAUUCUCGACACCUCCAGGACGUGACGAGAAGCAACGUCUUCAGAAUGCUCCUGGCAGCUUAACAAGAGCGGCCGACGAGAUCAUUGACGACAGUCGAGUUACAACUGAAGAGAUAGUCUGCAACACGACAGCAGAGAAAUGUACAGGUGACGAUGAUAUAUGCAAUGGGACAGCUAUCGAGGGUGUAGAGGUGGUAGAUCAUGGGAAUGGUUUCAUCAAGGAUACGAUGGCUAUGAAUGUUGCCACCCAGCUGCUCAACAAUGGCAGUUUAGAUCAUGAAAGCAAAAAAAUGAGCGGCUUGGGUACCGACAUUAUCAGGGCAGUGACGCCGACAUCUCCCGAACCUUACACAGUUCGGUAAGGUGUCCCAAUUUUCCGCACCACUGGUAUAUAGCUUGUCUUGAGUUUUAUCUCAAUUGUAAUUGUCCAUCGUCUAUUGACGAUUUUUUUUACAGAAUAACAAUAGUAGUAAUAAUAAGAAUAAUAAUACUAAUUUUCUCGUCUAA